UUACACGGAGCCUUCGACCGUAGAUUCUGUUGCAAAAAAGUUCGAGAAACAACUCAAAUAGAAACUCAUCCCGGUCACAGCACAGUCCAGAAUUCAGAGAAAGAAAGAGAUUAAUGGCGACACUUGAUUCCGAUGUUCCUAUGGUCCCCGCCGGCGAGCCCUCCAGCAGCGCCGCCGGCCCUUCCACCAAGAAGCCCAAGCGCUUCGAGAUCAAGAAGUGGAACGCCGUUGCUCUAUGGGCUUGGGAUAUUGUUGUGGAUAACUGUGCCAUCUGCAGAAACCACAUCAUGGAUCUCUGUAUCGAGUGCCAAGCUAAUCAAGCUAGUGCCACUAGCGAGGAAUGCACUGUGGCUUGGGGGGUUUGUAACCAUGCUUUUCACUUCCAUUGCAUUAGUCGAUGGCUCAAGACCCGUCAAGUAUGUCCUCUAGAUAACAGUGAGUGGGAAUUUCAGAAAUAUGGUCACUAGAAGCCUUGUCAUGCUUGAGUUCCAUGGACAUAUAUGGACCAUCUAUCCUUAGUUUUUGAAUAUUUACAUCUCCUGUCUGCUAUUUUAUUUUGCUUGUUCACUUGAUAUAUUAUCUCAAGAAAGCCAUUUGUCUAAUGGAAUUUGGUCUACUUGGACGGAUAAGCAUGUAAAGCUGAUUAAUGUGAGUAAUGCUAUACUGCAUUAUACCUUUCAAUGAA